AUGACGGAGCCUCUCAUUUUCAGACGCAUUGACAAGGUCAUUGAUGAGCUGAUUGAACAUGGCGCUAUCCUUCCCAAGCACCGUGCAAAUCUCGAGUCAAGACUGCCCAUCGUCUGCGGUGUUCCUAGGCCACCUCCGUCCAACGGAAGCAAAUACAGUCGAGCGGAAAUCGCCAGUUAUGCAAGGAUGAAGCAAGCCAGGAACGUCUACAGCUCGAUCCUCGACCGCAGCCCAUUGCUUUUCCUCCCUUUCAUUAUAGCAGUCGGGCCUGGAGCUUCCCCAAGUAUCAAUAUCUCUGAGACCAAACGAAGAUUUAGUCGACAAUCAAAAAUUCGUCUUGAUGCCAGUUCAAGGAGUUUCCUGCAAGACGUGGCUGAACGAAACAACAUCAUCAAAAGCCGGGAGUUCCAGCAAGCUUUAGCCGUUUUGUUCCCACGAGUAGAGGCCAAUGAUGCUAACACAGUAGAAGAUCCUAUGAGCACCGCUCCUCUGACAUCAGCCAACCCGAAACACGUCGCCGACUUCGAUACUUGCGAUUUGCGGCGUAUCUCUACCACGUUUGGUAGGCGCGUUUCUGAACAUGUAAUGCUAGCACAUGAACAUGUAAUGCUAUCACAUGCGAACAAAUCGUCGCGGUCGGGGUCUCAGUUGACGAAAUGUAUACGAGCAUAUCGACCCGACAAAGACGAGGACAUUAUAUUCCACUUAGAUGUCGGAAACGCUAUCGAUUUGGCAAAGAUACUAUAUCCACAAUCACUCGCAGUCAAGUUCCCAGUCGCUGUCGCAGGACCACUGAAAGAUUUCGCGGAAGGCCUACGUCCCGAUGCGUCGUCAUCGCAUAUAGACUAUGGAUACUUCACGAUGCUAGGCACUGAUGUUGUAGGGAUAGGUUCUGUGUUCAAUGCAGCCACAUACGAUGCUCUGCUCGAAAGCCAACUACGGCAAUGGGAGGAAGAACAUUUCCUCCUCGACGUGACUGACUGUCUAACGAUGACGAUAAUGCGUGGGACACCCAAUUAUGGUACAAUUCGCUUGCGCACCCAGUUCUGGAAGGGAAUCCAGUUGAUCAACCAGUUGUACUCUCUGUAG